GUUUCUUCACAGGCUUAGGCUUCUACUUGUUGAUAUGGAGACUUUGGGAGCUUUUCCUGAUGGAGAAUGGGACUUCAGCAGAAUGUUUUCGACACAAGAUCAGCUUGACAUCACAAGUGAAUUGCUUGGUCAGUGUUCAUUUCCUGUCGGAAACGAAGAAGGGGUGCAGUUUGCAAAUCCGACAGCUUUUUUCUCAAACCCUGAAGCCAAUUUGAACAUGGCUGACGAAAAUAGUAGCAGCAGUAACUGUAGCAGUAGUGUCUUGAUUCCUUCUUUCAGACAAGAAACCUAUUUGUUUAGUGAUUCUAACAGUAUUCUGACAACAAAUGAUGAUUCUAUGUCCAUGGAUUUUUGUAUCAUGGAUGAGAAAAAUUCAGGAUCUUUUGUCGCAAUGUUUCCUGAAAUUGCAAUGACAGAAACAGAAACUGUCUGUAUAAAUGAACCAGGAGCUAAUUCUGUUCCUGCCAGGGAAUUGCAGCUGAAAAGAAUGCUUGAUUUCCCUGAAUCAGAAGCCAAUCCAUCAGGGAAUAAAAGAUCUCGAGUUACAAGAGAUGUGCAAAAGAGUAAGAAGAAAGUAACUUCCAGGAAAAACCAGAAGUUCAUUCCAGGAAACAAUGAGGAAAAUGGACAGAGCUCUAGCAGUUGCAGUUCAGAGGAAGACAAUGCUUCUCAGGAUUCUAACAGAGGAGCAUCUUCUGAUUCUAAAGUUUCUGAAACUCUCAAUUCCAAUGGCAAGACAAGAGCUAGUCGAGGAUCCGCCACAGAUCCCCAGAGCCUUUAUGCAAGGAAAAGAAGGGAGAGGAUAAACGAGAGAUUGAGAAUCUUGCAGAAUCUUGUUCCUAAUGGAACAAAAGUUGAUAUCAGUACAAUGCUAGAGGAGGCAGUCCAUUAUGUAAAGUUUCUGCAGCUCCAGAUCAAGCUUUUGAGCUCUGAUGAUCUGUGGAUGUACGCACCUAUUGCUUACAAUGGAAUGGACAUUGGCCUCAAUCAGAAGAUCUCAAUGCUUCUAUGA